AGUAUACCUGUGGAUAUUGGCAAUCUGGCUGGUUUGGGAACAUUAUCGAUAGCAAAUAAUUCCAUGUAUGGAGUGAUUCCAGAGAGCAUCUGUAAGCUACAAAACUUGAUUGAGCUAUACUUGUAUAACAAUAGCUUGUCUGGCUUCAUACCACAAUCGCUAGGAAACCUUUCCGAGUUGAAUAAGCUUGUUGCACGAAAUUGCGCCUUGGAGGGUCCGAUUCCAGCAAGCCAAGGAGAGUUAAAAAACCUCAUUGUACUUGAAUUGUCAAAGAAUUACCAUCUUAACGGUUCAAUGCCCAAAGAGAUUUUCAAAUUGCCCAGCCUUUCAUGGUAUUUGGACUUGUCAUACAAUUCCCUUUCUGGACCCAUUCCUAACGAAGUAGGUAGUUUGACAAACCUUAACCCACUUACUCCAUCAGGAAACCGGUUGUCUGGCAAGAUACCUGAAAGUAUUCAGAAUUGCAAAGUGUUGGAAUGGCUAUCAUUAGACAGCAAUUUGUUUGAGGGAAGCAUACCUCAGUCAAUAAAAAUUAUAAAUGGGCUCCAUCAAUUGAACCUGACCAUGAAUAAGUGGUCUGGUAAUAUUCCUGAUGCCAUUGGCAAUAUUGGAAACCUGCAAGAAUUGUAUCUAGCAAAGAACAACCUCUCAGGGUCAAUCCCAUUAGUUCUACGAGGCGAGGUGCCAAAGGAAGGUGUUUUCAGAAACAUCACUUACUCAGCGGUUGCUGGGAAUGUCAAUUUGUGUGGUGGUACACCUCAACUUCACUUGCAUCCAUGCCCCACAAGCCACUUAACCAAGAACAAAAGAAAGAUGCCAAAGUAUCUUCUAAUUUCUCUAGCGACAGUUGAAACAAUCUUGUUCUCACUUUUAGUUAUUCUUCUUAUUUGGAUACUUAAGAAGAUCAAACCAGGCCAGAAGAUAUUGCCGCAAAAUUCAUUUGUUGACAACCAUUACAAGAGAAUCCCGUAUCAUGCAUUAUUGAGAGGAAUUAACGAGUUUUCAGAAGUUAACUUGCUUGGGAGAGGAAGUUAUGGUGUAGUUUAUAAGUGUGUUUUGGACACUGAAGAAAGAACAUUGGCCGUCAAGGUGUUCAACCUUGCUCAGUCAAGACAUUUCAAGAGUUUGGAGGGUGAAUGUGAGGUCAUGAGAAUGAUAAGACACUGUUGUCUCAUUAAGAUC